AUGGCCCUGGGUAAGAUGAAAGAUCUGAGCCUAGAGAGCUCCAUGACACGCUCUGAAACAGAUGAAGUGGGUGGAGUUCUCCUUCCAAAAAGAGUGUGUGACAGGUGGGAUCAAAUUUGGAACUUCAGAGCCAGACCUGAUCUGCUCAUCGCAAACUAUGCAAAAGCAGGUACAACAUGGAUACAGGAGAUUGUGGAUAUGAUCCAACACGAUGGAGACACUGAGAAGUGCAAACGUGCCACCACUUAUCUGCGACACCCUUUCAUUGAGUGGGUUCUGCCUGGACCUUUCAGCUCUGAUACAAAUGGCCUGGAACUAGCUGAAGCAAUGCCCUCCCCACGAACACGGAAAACUCAUCUCCCUGUACAACUGGUGCCUCCAUCCUUUUGGGAGCAAGAGUGUAAGAUAAUAUAUGUGGCAAGAAAUGCCAAAGACAACCUGGUGUCCUACUACCAUUUUCACAGAAUGAAUAAAAUGCCUGCGCCAGGAACCUGGGAGGAGUUUUUGGAGAAAUUCAUGGCUGGACAAGUGCUUUGGGAUUGCUGGUAUGAUCAUGUAAAAGGUGCAAAAGAGAACCACUGUAUUCUCUACCUCUUCUAUGAAGACCUAAAACGGGGUCCAAAGCGUGAAAUCCAAAAGGUGUUACAGUUCCUGGAGAAGGACUUGGAGAAUGUGGUUCUAGAUAAAAUCAUCCACCACACAACAUUUGAGAUAAUGAAGGACAACCCCAUGGCAAACUACACUUUUCAGCCUCCUGCAGUAAUGGACCACUCAAUCUCACCAUUCAUGAGAAAAGGGACUGUUGGAGACUGGAAGAACCAUUUCACAAUGGCACAGAAUGAGAAAUUUGAUGAAGAUUAUAGGAAGAAGAUGUCUAGAACCUCUCUGACCUUCCGAAUGGAGCUCUGA